AUGUCACUAUGCGCCGGCACACUGCAGAACCAAGUGAGAGAGCCAAGAAAGUACAACUCAGAUAUGCACGCUGGGGAGAUGGAAAGGCAUCUAUCACGAUAUGCAACGUUGCAAGUUGCUGUCAAUGUAUACCCAGUUUUCCGCUCAGCAGCAUUGUGCUGGAAGUUGGACAGUCAACUCGGAAUUUCUGGUCGGACCAAGAAGUCCACGUCUGCGUUAUGCAACUAUUUCGAGCUUCAUCAAGCCUUCUUCGUGAAGAGAGUCGAGCACUUUUUCGGCCACACAACUACUACAAAGAUGCGCCUUUCAUCUUUGAGCGCAUGCGUCCUGCUCCUUGGCCCUGGUGCAGCAGCACUGAGACAUGGCGAGCCAAACAACCAGGUGGCUGAGCCACUGUGGGAGACGCCGCACAUUGCCCAUCAUCAACGUCGAGACGGUCACAUCAUAGAGAGUGGUAAGCGCAGCAGCCACAGAGCGCAUCGGCAGCUUCAUGCCCGUCAGGCACCACCUCCACCUCCACCUGGGCCGCCGCCGCCGCCGCCACCGCCAGGUUUGGGUGGCCCUAUCAAGAAGCCGAGCGCGCCAACCAGCCAGGUCAAGAUCAAGGUGGGGGAGCUCUGGCGUGGCGAGACGUUCCGGAAACCGGAAGACGUCAGGAAAGCGGGCGGUUUCGAGUCCCAUGCUAAGCGAAUUUUCGAGGGAACCCAUCCAGACUACCCAAAAGGGAUGACACAAGAUGCGUUCAAGCUCGGGAGCAGCGUCUAUCACCACUCUAAGAAAACAUGUUCCUGUUCUUCCUAUGUUUCCAUGAGCGCCAGCAAGGACGAAGCGACCAACUUUGCGAGCAAGCAGACGGCAGAGAAGACGUACAUCUACAAAAUUCGACCAGAGACCAGCAAGGUCGUCGACGUCGCCGGCUCUCUGGGCGGUGACAGACACCUCACGUGGUCCAAGGAAAAGGAAAUCGCCGGUGUCUACGAGGUGCCGUGGAAGCAGGUCAUUGGCUGGCACGAAGGCACGCCGACCAAGGCCGAAGGGGGAGGCAGCGAAGUCAUCUUCAGCGAAUUCAUCUCCAAAGGGGACGUCUACCCCGACGACCCCCUCCCCGAAGAAGUUCCUUUGUCUGGGGACUUUGAGAUUCGCUCUGAGCUCGCCGGUUUCCCCGAGGGCCAUCUCGGAAGAACCGAGUUGCCGUGGAAGGAAUUCAAUGACGUGCCCGUAGAGGAAUGGCUGAACGAGUACAUGCUGCAGAGAAACUUCAACAAGGACGACGUGCAGUUCAAGGCGGCGCGCAAGGCGGAGGAGUGGGGGAAGCUGCCCUGCAGCAGCCAGAAGCGCAAGAGAGCGGGUGCCUCGGAGGCAUGCGCGCGUGUCAACCAGGAAGCCGUCGAGAGCACGGGCGAGGAGGCUGGAAAGCCAAGCAACGCUGAGGAGGAAGGAACAAAGGCGCCGACUCCAGACGACGCCGGCUCCGGCUCCGGCGCGGAAGAAGUCCCUGAAAUCACCGAAAAGUGGGCAACCGCAGCUGAAGAAAUCUCCAAGAGGGAGUUCAUCGAUCUGACCACCUCGCGCGGCCUGGCAAAGGUGACCAAGGAGAAGUGGAAGCUGGCGGUGACCGAGUUGCGCGGCAAGUGGCUGGGCUACACGGCGCUCACGGCCGAUUCUCCAAAGUUUAAAACCGCCUAUGGGAUCGCGGGGAAGCUGGCAAAGCCCCUCGAAAAGAAUUGCAAGCCCCUCUGGGUCUUGGGCAUCGUCGACGCCUUUGCCCGCAAAGUGUCGGCCCUGGAGAAGACGGCUGCCAUCACGGCUCUCAUCCCGUUUGUCGGCUGCGCAGCCGACGCCGCCGCCAAGGGAGAAAAGGGCAAGAUCAGCCCCCUCGAUUCGACCUUGUGUGUUCUCGCCGACGGCCUGCUGUUCACCCCGUUGUGGCCGGUCGCCCUCGUCAUCCAGGUGGUCCGGGCCGUCAUCAACGCCUUCGUCCCUCCCGAGGUGCCCGAGCCCCCCGCGCUGCUGAAAACUCGCGACACGACGUGGGCCAACUUCCUCGACAACACCAUUUACACGUACAUCUACUCGGACAAGUACGCAUCGCCGGAAAUGACGUUUCGUGAGAAGCUAAACAGCACGUUCGCGGCCGAGGAGCUGCUCGUCGUGUCCGACGUGGCCGCGAGCAUUGCCGCGACAAACGUCACGGGGCAGAGCGCCCUGGAGGCCGAAAAGGACGCUGCGAGGAAAGCCGUCAUUCUCAACGGCACGCAGGCCGCGACCGCGGAGCUGCGCGCCGGCAUCUCGACCGAGGUCCGGCGCCGGCAGCGCAAGGCUCUGCUGGACCUGCCGGGCAAGCUGGCCACCAGCUCGGGUGUUUCGCUGAAGCCGCUCGGCGAGACGUUCCAGAAGGAAUACAUUGCAAAGCUCGCGUCCGAGGAGUUUAGAAAAAAGUAUCUGAGUCUGUUCAAGGGUAACGAGGCAACGGUGCUCGAGAAGCUCAAAAAGGCGUCCGACUACAUCCAGCCGAAGCCGCUCGCGAUGCCGACCACGUUUGACAUUGCCUACAUUGUCGGGCAGUCCAAGGCCUUGGCGGAUAUCGACCCCGACACCCUGUCGGCGCGCGAGUUCAUCGUGGACCAGGUGCAGAACCUGACCGAGGCGCGCGCAAACUUCUACGCUCUGCACCAUACCCUGCAAAUCGCAAAACUGCUCCGGGGUGGCGGAGAGGACAAGCUCGACACGCUCUGGCCGACGGACAAGACGGAGUCGAUCCGACCGCUGCAGCAUCUCAUCGCCAUGAAGUACGGACGGUUGUUUGAGGAGAUCAAGAUGCAGCAGGUCAACAAGGAGAUUUCGGGCAACCAGGGCCGGGUUCUAAGCCCGCACACGGUGCACUUUGUCAGCCAUCCAAACAUCCCCCUCGUCAAGGAUCCGGACGGGGUUAUGGAGACUAUCUCGUAUCUGGGUAUUAUUCUCGGGCUCAAGGAGGAAAUCGUCCGAAACAUACCGCGUGGGGUUCAGACGACUGGGUGGUCGGAUCUGUUCAAGAACCCAGACGUGAUCAAAUCCCUGCUGCUGGUGGAAAUGGAUCUGCGCGCGAAGAACUCCAAGGUUAGCCAGGCUGGCAGCAAGCCGAAGCUGACCAUGCUGUGA